UUCUCUCGUGGGAUUUCUACUGAGAAAACCUUGACGCAGAUUGAGAGUUCAGGUGUCAUCGCCUGCCUUCGUGCCAAUAGCUGGAGAUUGUGAUGUCGACCCCAGGUGUGUUUGAGGUUCUACAGCAGCUAGUACAUGACCAUCCUACAAGAGUCCUAGGGGUAGGAACUGUACUAAAUGUUGAGGAUGCCAAAAGGGCAAUGAUAGCAGGAGCCAAGUUUCUUAUGAGUCCUGCUAUGGUUAAGGACAUUUUGGAUGAUUUUCAAUAUAGUGGAGUUUUAUACAUACCUGGUGUUAUGACCCCAACAGAGAUAUUGUCUGCAUAUGAUGCUGGUGCCAAAAUUGUCAAGGUUUAUCCUGUUUCUGCAUUAGGUGGCUCACAAUAUAUAUCAGCUAUCAAGAAGCCUUUUCCCCAUAUCUCAAUGGUUGCUUCUCAAGGCAUAACAACAGAUUUAGUUGGGGAGUAUAUUGCUCAGGGAGCAUCAUCGGUUGUUUUAUCAGAUGCCAUAUUUGAUAAAGAAGCAAUGGGUCAAAAAAAUUUCACCAAAAUCUAUCAACUUGCAAAUGCUGCAGCUUUGCAUGGCAAUGAAGCUGUAGACCGGUUUGAUAUUGUCCUCUGUUUCAUAGUGAUGUUUUUUUUUACUUAUGCAGGAUAUUUAUUCAUUACAUUGCUAAUGUUACUAUGAUAUUGUUUUCCCUGUUUAUCUUUGACUAAAAAUUUACUGCUACAAUUUAGUUUUGAAACUUCUCGAGUAGAUAAAACCCAUGUGGCUUUUGUUCUGGGUAAAUGCUGGCAACUGAUGUUGGCAGACCACAUCUUUUACAUUGACAUUUUAGUAGGCAAACCAGGGCUCCCUUGUUGGAGGUGUUUGGAAUUUGGAUUCGAGUGGGUGUGUCUUUGGAGCUACUUUUUGUUGUUGGCAAAGGGUUUGUUAGGAGCCAAAAACAGCUGGUUACUCUUGGAGGUGUGCUGUUUUGGCUGUUACAUUGUGUGUUUGGUUUGUAUGGAAUACAGUGGUUCUUUAGGGAAACAAGGAAUAAUUGACAUUUCUCUGGGAUAAGAUUAAAUGUUUAGCUUCUUCUUGGACUUCUUUGCCAAACAUUUUUAAUGACCUUCCUUUCUUAUUGUGUGUUGAGUACAUUAUGUGUUUUGUUUGAGGUUAAAGAACUAAUUUUGAUGAACUUAUCGUCCAUCUUUAGGAACUUUCUUCUAUUUUUGUUGAUAAAGUUUGCCUUUAUCAUAUUAAAAAGUUUGAAAUACUUCAAAGUGGAUUAGUCUUGGAUGGUCGAUUACAAUUUGGGGAUUAGUCUUAGGUGGUAAAUUACAAUUUAGGGCCCAUUUACACUUUGAUCCCCACACUUCCGGUUUUGCCUAUCUUAUUAUCCCUGUAGUUAAUUAACAGUCUCAAACCCAAAUCGAGAUUUCCAUCAAUAUUAACAGUCUCAAAUCCAAAUUGGACCUGAUUGCAAGCGUCAGUAAACUACAGGGAUACAACUGAAUUGAAAGUGUGGGGACCAAUAUGGAGAAUGGCCCAAAAUACAUGAACUAAUAUUGUAGUUUGGCCGUCUUACAUAUGACCUCCAAUAAUGCUCUUCCCCCUCCCUGUUGCUCACACAGACACGUAUAUAAGUUGCACCCAUCCAUUUAACUGUAUAUCUGCAAAUAAUUUAACUGUAUAUCUGCAAAAUUUGUAACCCACAUUGAUGGAUAGUGAUCCAAAGAUCUUCUACUAACUUGGAGUAUGGAUUGUUGUCUUUAAAAAUAGUACUCAAAGCUGACACUUACUAAUUAGAAAAAUCAUUAAUCAGUCUUGUCUUAAUCCUCCAAUAGGUAUGUGGCAUCGGCGGAAUAUUCUCUUUUUCAGUCUAACAAAAUCCAUAUUAUCUCAUCAUUUGACUUCUCUCUGAUUCCCCACUCUGAUCCCUUACUCUCAUUUACAUCCUUAUGUAUCUUUAGAUUUUAGUCAAGUACUGAAUUGAAUAAAAAAUAGAAAAUUAAAAGGUCUGAAAUCUAUGCAGGGUUCAGCAAUAUACUUCCAAAUGAUCUAUAUUUCUCCUGAGUUCACUGUUUUUCUUAGCGCUCUGACUGCUCCUGUUGUCAUGCAGGAUGAAAAAGUUGAGGCUAAAC